GGGAGGCUUGAUCCGAAUUGCUGCUAUAGAAUUAAUGGCGUACGGUGCAGGGAUUCUCUGGUCGCUCUCUCCGCGCACUGGCUACGCUUCUGCAAUACGAUGAAAUAGUUCAGCCUCAGGUGCCAUCGCCAGCUUUGAUCGCCAACAUACUAUGUGCAAGCUUCAUGCGUGAGCUUUAUGGAUAAGAAGUUGUUGGGAAACACCAAGGCUUUACUAUUCGCAGUCUCCAUUGUCAUCAAUAGGUACUAACAAGAGCUAAUUUACCGUGGAAGCUUCUACGACCCUGAAGCGAAGCGUUGUACCCUUGGGCGUUGCUUUUUGCCCUAAGCGGCGAAUUGGCUAAACUAAUUUAGGGACAGUCAGUAAUUAUGCAUAAUAUACAUUCUUCUAGUCCGGCAGCGCCGGCCAGCGCGGUGCAUGGCAACGCAGCGACGCCGACGCUACGCCGUGGGGUCGGGCCCCGCUUGCUAAGGCGCGCCACACCACAUGUGGUCGCAGCGGCAUCGCGCGAACCUAUACAAUCCACAGCGGGAUCUUCGCUUGCUGGAAAGGCCAGUCGCCGGGGACGACGACAUCUCUUGACAAUCGCUCAAGCGGGUCGCGGAGGGGGAAAAGGCGCGGAAGAAGAACCCGACUGGGAGGCUGAAAUGAGCAUCUUCAAACAACGCAUAUCGCGCCCAAACCAGCUGGCGACGCUGCGGGAACUGGAGGCGAAGGUUAAUGUCGGCAAGGUGUUGUUUGCGGCGGACGGCUUGGCGGUGGUUUCGGGGCUCAACGCGGAUGCGCCCCUGGGCACCCAGGUGGCCUUCCUAACGGGGCCGACGGGUGUGCUGCUGUGGCAUCGCUCCGACAACCUGUCCUUCUGCCUCGUGCUGGGGGACCCGUCCAGUGUGACGGAGGGUACCCCGGUGGAGUGCAAGAUACGGGGCGUGCUGCAGGUGGUAGACGACGUGAAGGGCCCCAUCACGCGCAAGGACUACGAUACCUUCACCGUACCCGCGGGGGAGGACAUGUUUGGGCGGGUGCACGACCACAUCGGUCGACCCAUGUCGGAGCUGGAGAGCGAGGC